ACCGCCCCUUCCUGUCAUGGCCGCUGCCGGGCAGUGGGAGCUCGGCGGGGCGGCGCGGGCCGGCGCCUUCGGCUGCUGAGCGCCCCGCGGGCGGCGCGGAGCGGGGACGGCCCCAGUCCGGAGCCGGCGGCAGGAGAUAGCAGUGAAGUACCUGCUGUCCACCACUUUCUUCAUUUAACUUCCCCUUGGGGUCAGCUGCUUGUCAGCAUGCCUUCAACCGAGAGCACCUCAAAACUUUUCCUGGUCCUCUUGUCGCUGCUGCUGGUGCUGCCAGUAGUUGAAGCCCUGGACGCAGGAGAUACCAUUGCCUUCCUCCUAGGCCUCGCUGUCAGUGUCGUUGGAUUCUGCGCCUGCCUUGGCUUGUAUGCAAGGAGAAGGAACGGGCAGCAGUGACUUCAAGAAAAUGCUCAGAUGAAGUGAAUUCCCGAACACAGCUUGGGGUUGGGUGUAAGACUGAGCUUUGGCUCUGGAUAACUUUCAAAAAAUAUGUAGUAGAUAUUUCUGCAAACCCCUCUUACUGUUCAGUACAACAGAGUCAAGACGGUACAAGGCUGCACUAGUAAAAGGGAUUUGUAUGAUCUGUCCUUAUUACAAAAAGAUAAUUUUAUAUUGUUUGUGAUUUAACUAUUGCCUUAGAGAAGGGUAAAAAGCUUUUUGAAUGAGGAAGUAAAACUACAGAGUGGCUCACAGUAGAAGUUUAUAAAUGUAGCAUAUGAGGGAGGCCAUCAGCAAGUUCCAUAAUUUUGGUUUCAAUGUUUAAUCAGGAGGAAGCAGCUAUUAAUCUUCCAGUCAAGAUGACAAGAGUUUUGAAAUUAGUCCUAACUAGAUAGCUAGCAAGCAGACUGCUCCAACUCGUGUGCUCACGCUCACAUUCUCUGUAAUGACAGUUAACACCUAACAGCUCACUUCUGCUGUCACAUGGAAAAGACUUAAGAUAACUAAGGAAACAUGAAAGGCUUUUUUUUUUUUAGAAUAUUUUUAGAGUAUUUUUAUUUUAGAAUAUGCCGCUCCUGUAGCCUGUGUUCUUAUUACCAAGUAGAUACACCUAAGAAUGAGAUCACCAUUUUUACCUAACAUGUAUUUCACAGAAAAGUACAUGUAAGGCUCUGUAAAUCAGAUUAGUCUCUUAUUUUUUGUAUUCAGCUUUUUUCUAGGCACACCAGGUUUAAGGCUUAGUUCAUUUGUUGUUUAUGCUUUUUUCUCCAAAACUGAAGACUUCAUUAUUUUGAUGAGGAAUUCUGUGUGCUUCUUCAUUAGAAGGUUAUUAAAACUAUAACAAGA